AUGCUAUCCAAAGUCCUUCCGGUUCAGCACCUGCCGCAAGGUGGUCCGGGGAAGCAGACCAAUCAUUACGUUCAUCCGGACGAUCUUCGCACAGCAUUCGCCCUAGAAAUGUCACGGAUGUACAGGAACGAGGUCCCUCUGUACAGCGAUCUGAUACGGAUUGUUGAAGGAGUAAACGACCAAAAGUUUGCUCAAUCAAUCAACUCCAACACUAUGGAUCGCCUAGACUUGGAACGACAUGGCGCUAUUCGCCUAGGAAAGCCUAUGGAGAUGCGCACUGUUUGUCGCAUUUUUGGAGUGCUCGGGAUGAGGCCAGUGGGUUACUAUGAUCUAUCUGCGGCUGGUCUACCAAUGCAUGCGACAUGCUUCAGGCCGACAGCGGUGAGCUCAUUAGCCAAGAAUCCCUUCCGAAUUUUCACGACCUUGUUACGACCUGAGCUGAUUCGGUCGAAAGAAGCGCAGGAUCUAGCUGAGUGUAUGUUAGCCAAACGUACAAUCUUCAGCCCUGAGCUGAUGCGGAUGUUGAACACUGCUGAAAGCCAGGAUGGGCUGGAUCCGGAACAGGCAGGAAUCUUCAUCCAGGAAACCCUCAAGACUUUUAGUUGGGCUCCAACUGCUGCUGCUACAGCUGAGGAAUACCAGCUACUCAAGGCUCAACAUCCAAUCUUGGCCGACAUCGCCUGCUUCAAGACAGCUCACAUCAAUCACCUCACUCCUCGGACACUCGACAUCACCACGUCACAGGAGAACAUGCGCAAGGAGGGCAUGGCAGUAAAGGACAGAAUCGAAGGCCCUCCAUCCCGACGCUGUCCAAUCCUUUUGCGCCAGACAAGUUUUCUUGCCCUUGAAGAGCCAAUCAAGUUUGUCAACAACAGCCACGAUGAGUCUCUGCAGAUGGUCCAGGGUUCUCACAAAGCUCGGUUCGGAGAAAUCGAGGAGCGCGGCGCAGCUGUCACACCAUAUGGUCGAAAGUUCUACGAUGAGCUCCUAAGCAAGGCCAUGGAGAAUGCUACCGGGAUGAGCCCUGAGGAAGUAGAUGAGCAAAUGAUAUCUACCUUUUGCAGCUUUCCAGACGAUUGGGAUGAGCUUCGAGCACAGGGCCUGAUAUACUACGAGUAUGAAUGCACUGGCAAGAGCAUUCCCGACACAAUUACAUCGUGUGGCACAGAUAGGGCAACCAUCGUUCAGCAGCUUCUAACAGAGGGCGUGUUGGAAACGAAACCAAUCACGUACGAAGACUUCCUCCCUUUCUCAGCUGCCGGAAUCUUUCAGUCCAACCUAGGCGACAAGUCCAAUCAGGACAACUUGCCCAUCCUUAAAGGAUCGGCUGCACAAGAUCAACUUGAGAGGGCGUUAGAUAUGUGUAUUAUAGACCCAGAUCAACUGUACGCCUCCGCGCAAGAGGCUAGCUUGGAGAUAUGUCUGCGCAAGCUAGGUACAAGCCGUCGAACAUAG